AUGUCGCUGAAGUGGCUCAUCCUGCCGUUCUUCUCCAUGUCGAUGAUGUUCAUCGGCGCGACGCCGCCGUUCAAGUGCGCCGACGGCUUCGACGCGAACGCCACAUACGCCUCGCUGCCGGCCGCCGCCCAGCGCUGCCACCCACCCAACGCGAGCGCCGCCUGCCGACGCUGGGUGUUCGACCGGUCCGUGUACGAGUCGACGGUGGUGACGGAGUGGGCGCUGGUGUGCGGUCGCAAGCCGCUGUUGUCGCUGCUGCAGUCGCUGCUGAUGCUGGGCGGCCUGUUAGGCGCCGUGGCUGCCGGCCAGCUGGUGGACCGCUUCGGUCGGCGGCCCGUCUUCCUGCCGGCCAUGCUGCUGAUCGUGCUGAUGGCCUUCACGUCGGCGCUGGCCACCAGCUACGCGCUGUUCGCCGCCUGCCGGCUGCUAAGCGGGCUGGCCAUGGCUUUGAUGAUCGGCAGCCAGUACGUGCUGGUCACCGAGCUGGGCGGCAUCGACCAGCGCGCACGCUACAGCGCGUUCACGCUCCUGCCGUUCCCGGUGGGCACGGCGCUGAUGGCGGCGCUGUCCUAUGCCGUGCGUAACCGCCGGCUCCUGCAGCUGGUCUACGCCGUGCCCUGUCUGGCGCUGCUGCCGAACAUCUGGCUCAUGCCCGAGUCGCCGCGCUGGCUGCUCAUGCGCGGCCGGCCAACCGAGGCCUACGACCUGCUGCAGCUGAUCAGGACGCCCCGUAUGCGGCGCAAUACACUGGUCAGCGCCUUCGUCUGGUUCGUCGUCGCCGGCGCGUACUUCGGCAUCGCGUUCGACAUGACGCAGCUGAGUCGGCAGCCGCACCUGGCCGGCGUGCUCCUCGGCCUGCUCAACCUGCCCUGCAUCCUCUACUUCCCCAUCAUCGACCGGCUGGGCCGCCGCGGGCCCACGGCCGCCUGCUUGUUCCUCUCAGCCGCCGCCAUGCUCGUCAUCUUCGCCCUCAGCGUCAGCAUGGCGUUCAACAUACUGUUCGCUUACUCGCCCGAGUACAUGCCAACGUGCGCGCGUGCUGUCGGGUUCGGCGUGUGCCAGGUGGCGCUGCGGCUGGGCGCCACCGUCUCGCCGUUCGUGGUGGACCUGGUGAGCGAGCUGCAGGCCAGCGCGCCGUCAGCCGUGUUUGGUGCCGCCACGCUAUUGGCCGGUCUGGCCACGUUGCUGCUGCCGGAGACGCACGGCGCCGGUCUGCCCGACUCGGUGCCAGGAAGCUAA